UUCGAAUAAAAUUGUGUUCCGUGGCUUGGAUUUCGACACGCGCCCAUGUGGACGAUAUUCUUCGUCAACAUUGUAGCAAACAAUAGCGAUUACGUCGUGCAAAACACGUGUGUUUUCGACAGUCUUGCGUCAGAUACACACCCUGGUUACCACGGUAACAAUACCACUUAUUGUUCAAACUCGCCAGUGAUUGGUGCGGUGUGACGAGAGUAUCUAUUUUUGGCAUGAAAAUUUCCCCGGCGAAGUGUAUUCAAACGCGAAUGUUCCUCAACAGCUUUCAAUAUAAAUAGACCAAUUCUCAGUGUAGGGAAUUAUUAUUCACAAACUUUUUAGUCCUUGGUGACCAGAGGUAAUACAGUGUUUUGCCUUAACGAAUAGAAUUAUCUUUGUAAUAAUACCGCUUACUCCGGGAAGGAAAAACGUAUUGGGGCUACGCUACUUAAAAGAAACGUUGCCAAGAAAUUAACCGAGUCAACAAACAUGAAAGAAGAGGUUUGCUCGGCCAUCAAGUUCCUCUCGGAGGUUCUUUCAAGGAACUCAAAAGUAAACCAAGAACAGAUUCAAAAAUUUAAGGACACAUUAGAACAAUUAAUCACUGCGAGAUUCGAGAACCACUGGCAUCCGAAGAAGCCGUUGAAGGGAAAUGCAUUUAGAUGCAUCAACAUCGAUGAGCUAACAGGCAUCGACCCAGUGCUACUGACAGCGACGAAGGCGAGUGGAAUAUCACCUUUAGUUCUGUUAGAGCUCUUCCCAGGCGGACUAGCAUUGUGGAUUGACCCAGGAGAUGUGUCUUGUAGAAUAGGAAAAGGUUCGAUUUGUCCGAUUUAUUGUAAAAUCCCUCAACAACAACACCAUCAGCCGCACCAGCAAUUUACUAAUCACUCUCAAAGGCAUCUUCAACCCUUUUACUUCAACACGGAUUAUCGUCAAUGCUCGCAGUUCAACAAUAAGCAGAUACUUUCCGCAAGAAGCGUUAAUAACAAGGAAAACUUCGAUAGGUAUCAUUGGAUCAGCAAGGACUAUUUUAAAAGACCCACGGAGGUAUUUUAAAGCCAUAGAGAUCUCUGAACACAUGAUCCACCAACCCAUUGGACCGGACUUGCAUCGCGUUUGCCAUACACACGAACUUUUAAAUUACGUUUAGAGUAGAAUGUUUUUAAUGUUUCUUGUACAUAGCUAAACAUUUUCUAUGUACAGAAUUAUCUUCGAAUUUAUUAGGGCUGGUAAAUGGAAGAAUUUUUACGUCUAUUUUACGCCACUUACUGGGAAUGGUUUAAUUAAAUUUGUAAAUUUGUACAUGUACAAUUGUGAAAUAGAUUACGGAGCUUCGCAAGGAGCGGAAUUGGAAAGAAAUUAGCCCAGAGUUUCAUAUUUUGUACUGAUACAAGAGUUCCGUGUCGCAUAGUUUAAUAAAAAUAUUCAUUUGUUGAAAUAUUAUAUCAAGUUUAGCGUGUUUUAUUUUGUAUGUAAUUCAUCGACAGUGUGACAUCAUACACUUGAAAUCGCGUAUUUCUAGUUUGAGCCAGUAACUCAAAAUCAAAAUUAUGCUUAAAAUAUUUGUGCGGAGGGGAAGUAUUCCAACCGCGUGGCAAGAAGAAAACAAUAUUCCAAUAAUUUUUAAGAUAUUAUUUUCUAUGUGUGUGAACCAAUGAAAGGGUAUUUAUGGCUCAAACGGUACAUCAGGGAAAUGUCAGGAUUAAUGAGCAAAAUUUGAGAUUAUCUUUUCUUUCCCAAAACAGAGACAAACAUUGGAGAUCAAAAAAUAAACAGUAAGAUACUA